AUGGACAUGGGAGACUUAAGACCUAUUGCCCUUUGUAACGUUCUUUAUAAGAUUAUUUCAAAGUUCAUUUCUAAUCGACUCAAAGCUGUUAUGCCUUCAAUUAUAUCGGAUACUCAAAGUGUGUUUCUCCAAGGUCGUUUAAUAUCGAAUAAUAUUAUGAUUUCUUAUGAGAUAAUGCAUUAUUUGAAGAGGAAGAGAAGAGGCUGGGAUGGUGUUAUGGCACUUAAGCUUGACAUAAGCAAGGCUGACGGUCGACUUGAAUGGGGAUAUCUUCGGGCUAUGCUUGAAAGAAUGGGCUUCGAUGGUAGAUGGAUUAAUUUGAUUAUGCAUUGUGUGGGCACUGUCUCGUACACGAUCUCUCAUGGGGGAAAGGAGUUGGGCCCUAUUGUUGCACAAAUGGGGUUGCGCCAGGGUGAUCAUUUAUCGCCAUAUUUGUUUAUUCUCUAUGUCGAGGGUUUCUCUAGUUUGUUGCGUAGUUACGAGCAUAGUGGAUUAAUUACACGGUGUAAAGUUGUUAGAAGCGCUUCUGCUAUUUCACAUACGGAUAUCAUUUGUGAGUUGUUAGAAAUUUAUGAGGCUGAUGAGAAUGGGUCGUAUUUGGGACUUCCAUAUUCGGUGGGAAAGAAUAAAAAUGUUAUCCUUGGUUUUCUUAAAGAUAAAAUAAAAAAGAAAAUCCAAGGAUGGGAAGGGAGGAUAUUGUCUCGUGCAGGGAAGGAGGUGUUGCUGAAAUCUGUUGCGCAAUCAAUUCCUAGCUAUGCAAUGAGUGUUUUUCUGUUACCUUUGGAUACUUGUAGGGAGUUGGAGCGUCUCAUGGCUAAGAUCUGGUGGCAAACGGACUCUGUUUUCGUAGAACGGGUGUUAGUUGGAUGA